AUGAAGCCGUUUUUAUUUGGCUGGCCAAAAUUUAGAAUAUCCUGGGAAUUUGUAUUCCCAGGAUCAUGCUAUGAUGAAGACCAUCUUCAUAAUAAUUCUCCGUUUUCAAGAACUAAUAACUUAAAAUACCUUGUUUCCAGUUGUUUUUUUCUUGGAUUAAGUCCAGAUGGAGCUGUUAGAAUUUCUUCAACAAAUGAUAACGUUAAAGCAUAUGCAGAAACAAAUAAAUUCGAUUCUUGUUCCUCCACACAAAACGGAGGUUCUCUCUACUUUUCCGAAAAAGGCGAAUUUGUUCAAACAAAAAAUUCAUACAUCAACUCAACAAAUACAGGUCUUGGACCAUCAUUUUACAUAUGGGUUUCAGAACAGCCUAAUUACAAAGAUUAUACUAAUGAAACUACAGUUUACAACUGCGGAAGUUCAGAAAAAGACUGCAGAAUUUUAACUGCCAUGUAUCGAGGUUUUUGUAUCAUGAAUGAAUGCAACAUUACACAAAAUAGAGUCAAAAAAGAUUGCGGAGGUUACUGGGUUCAAGAAGCUACCUCUGAUUCAUACAUCACUUGUGUCAAUGUUGUUGAAAACAAUCAAUCAACAGGUGAUUUUAAUCAUCACUCAUCUUAUUAUGAUUCUUCAUCAAUAUUUAAAGUUACUUCAUGUAAUUAUAUAAGAAAUAAAAGUCCAGAUGAUAAAAGUUUUCUGAUUUAUUCUUCUUGGUCUGAUGUUUUCAUGAGUUAUUGUUGUAUUCUUCAAAAUGAAAUUAAAUACAUUUUUAGUGUAUAUCCAGCAAUAACAUUUGAAAACUCAAUUACAGAUAACAAUAAAUCAUAUGGUAGUUCACCAAUAUUUAAGAACACAGAUAUUUCAUUUGAAAACGAAUGUCCUCUUUUUAAAUUAGAAGUUGUCGAUUCAUUAAAGUAUAAAUGUCGUCAUUCCACUCCAAAUAAUGAGGAGAACGAAGAAAACGAAGAUAAAUUUUAUGUUAGAAAUCAUAUUAAAUUUUUCUAUUUACUCAUGUCUAAUAAACCUUUUCGAAGUCAAAUUUAA